ACAAAAAGCCUUGUGACUCGAUAAUAAAAGAGACUGACCAAGUAUAAUUAUUGUGUAGCAGUUGAAACAAAUUUCAAAUUAAUAAAUUUCUUUUGAAAAUAAAUCAUGUGUUCGAGUAAAAUUACCUGUAUUUUGGGUGAUUAACGUGUUAAAGAAUAUUACUUUGGCGGAACGGUCAUUAAGGAUACACAUAUUCCCACAGUCAUGAUGUUGUAAUUAUACUUCCUGGGAAAUGUAUCACAUACGAUCGGACAUUACUACUUAGUUUAUUGUGUAUACACUGCAAGUCACGCAAUGAUGACAAAUAUUCUGACUCAAUUCCUGGGAAAUUACUGCGUCUGGAUAAAACAACAUUUGUGUAUAAACACCCAAAGAUGACAAAUAUUUCAGUUUUAUUUUCUGGGAAAUGUUUUCAUUGUUUUAGAUUUCAGAAUCAGACACAAGCAAAAUGAUAGAUGUUCUGGAGCUAAUAAGUCUAUACUUUGCUUAGAAAUAUACGGUAAAGAAAACAAUGUCAGCUGGUUUGAAUAAGGCAGGUUUUGCAGACUUCGUAGAAUGCGUAAAGCGUUUAGAGCAGAUGGCGGAGCCAAGCAGGAAUGAUAUACGAUAUGGACAGUAUGUACAGUAUGUUAACUGUGCAGUGAGCAAGUUUGUUGAUGAAAAGGCAUACCUUGUGGGAAGUACAGCUGAACGGACAAAACUUUCAUUUUCCAAAGACGACGGGGAUGCUGAUGUUUUAAUCGUAUCUGGUAAGCUCCAAGUGCCUGUAGAAAAUCUUGAAUUCAAGGUACACAAUCGCUGCUAUGUCUGGUUAAAGGCCGGUGACCAUUGUAAAAAUCUGGGACUUGAAAUUAUUGACGGUCGGUACCUUUCUGCGAGUUCUUUACGUGAAUUACGGCCGGAGCUAUUCACCAUGUUACGUGCAAUUCAUUCUCAGAUGACUGCCAGCUUUGAUAGACUACCAUAUGCCGGUAGAAAAGACACCCAGGUUACCGUCCCUUCAAAAGUUGGAUUAGCUAGCACCAAGUAUGAAGGUUUGAAAUUGUAUGGAAAUCAAGCGCAACAUGAUCGGCAAUAUCGUCCAAAGGAAUUUUUACACCGCAGCGAAAAGACAAAAGACGUCCUGAUAAAGAGAUGGAAAACUGUCCAAGUUCGGGAAAAUGACACAAAGAUGCUACGACGUGCGUUGAAAGUCCUUAAAAUUGCAAAACAUCCUGGUGGUAGAGGGCAAAGUAACGGUCAGUUAUCCUUCGUUGUUCAGGCAAUAGAUGACGCUAUCAGUCGCCCCAAACCAACGUUUUCACAAAAUAUUCCCAGCUUACACUGCAAACGGGAAACCUAUGCAAAUGAAAGCUAUGAAGAAAUCGAUAAAAAUGUCACUUAUGAAAAUGAUUUGAAUGAAGACAAUCAUGAAAAGAAUAGAAUUGAAACAAUGAGAGUGACUUACAAAUCCAAACAUCAUAGAGACUUCGUUCCGGCUUUGAAAAUUAUAGGAGACAUUGAGUAUUUGAUGGAAUGGAAACGUCGCGUUGAAGCAACUGGCUGGACAGACUCUAGAAUAAAUGAUAUUUACUCAACCGAUAUAUUUGUGGUAUCGCGUUUAGCACCAGUUAAUCCAAACAUUGACGAGGACUUUUGUCUGUCCUUUAAUUUGUCGGAGCAAAAAUUAGUAAAGUCAAUGACCAAUGUCCAACGAAGAGUUUUCUUGUUACUGAAAUGCUUUCUGAAAGGAAUAUUUGAAGAAAAACACAUGAAGGAGGGUAUCGAAAUGAAAAUGAAAACUUACCAUGUCAAAACUUUUCUAUUUUGGUUGUAUGAGUCAUACAAUCAUUCGGCAGAAGUCGAUGAUUUUGAAACGGUAUAUGUUUUGUUACAAACAGCUCUGGGUUUUCUCCGUAGCAAACUGAUCGAGAAAGAACUGUAACAUUACUUUAUACCUCAAAAUCUCUUCAUAGACUUUGAAGAUGUAGAUUUCCAAAUCUUAAUAGAAUGCGUUGACACAGUGAGAUGCAAUAUAACUGAAAGUAUUAAAUGUUUCUUUGAUCUUUAUGACAACAAACCGACAGAAAUCUCUGUAUCGCCGGAGGAAAUGAGAACGAUUUUGGACAUGAUGGAAGAUGGAGGUAGAAGACAACUUCUUGACAAGUUGGAAGACGCUAUCAUUGACGUUUAUAGAGGUUUUAAUGAAAGUAAAAGAGACGAAGAGGGAAGGGCGCCAAUUAAAACAGCUAUAAUAGACACAUUUAAGUUGUUUUUAGAUGAUGAAAAACAUAUUGAUUUACAAAUAUUUAAACAAAUCAACAACUUCCUCACAGGAGGAGUCACCGAUAUGAAUGAAAUCAAACUCGCUGAGGUGAACAAAAGAAUAAAAGAUCUAUUUGUGCUGAUAGAAGGGCUAGAAAUGUUUCUACCUCAGAUAAAGGACUUUAUGAAAAUAUUUGGUGGAAGACCUUGUCUACAAGAAAUGCUUCAGGGAGCAUUUACCGGCAAACCAAUAGACUUAGAUAAGGAUCUUGGUGAACAAAUUUUAGAAACGAUUGACCGUUAUAUGUCAUGUCGCGAUGAGCAUGAGGAUAUGAUUGCUGCAGAACUUAAAUAUAAACUGUUAGGAUAUUUUUCUGGCAGGGAAGAAUUUCCACAUCUUUCAAAUUUACGUAUAUAAUGAGAAUGAAUAUAGUUUCAGUCUUUAUUGCAUCUUAACAUAACAUUUUUGCUUGAAGAUAUACUUUUCGGCGGAAGAUACCAUUCAGGUAGAACCAUCGAAAGACUGAAAGCAUGUCACACGAAAGAAAUCGACAUCUAGCAAGGCUCGAAAGUACAGGGGCAAUUGAAUGGAAGCGAUAUUGAUCACCACACCAAUGCGCCAACCAUCAGAUAAACUACGUUAAUAUUCAAUUAAAAUGUUAUUUCUGGUGUAUUUGUAUACAUUAAUGUUAAAUAUAAACAGAAACUAG